UUCUUACCUUCUGAGUCGUACCUAGAACGGCUAAAAUGCGGCUUGUAACGAGGUCAAUAAGAACUACGCCGAAGCGCUUGUUCUCGUCACUUCGCAGAAAGCCCCUGCCAACGCCUUCUCCAGGGCCUCUUAUACGCCAAGAUGAGCGCGUUGACGAGGAAAAGGUUCCAGGCCACAAGUCCAAGUACUUCUACCCAGCAAGACCUGGAGAGGUAGUCGGCGACCGGUUCCAGAUCCUUGUAAAAGUCGGCUGGGGAGUCUCCUCGACCGUGUGGUUUGCCCGUGACAUGCGAGGGGCCGAAUCUGACCCAGAAGCUGCCGUGGCAUUGAAAAUCACCAACUCAAAUCAGAAUGCCGAGGAUGAACGUGAAAUCGAGGCAUGUAUUGCGAACACGGAUCCCUCGCACCACGGGCAUCCAUUCCUUCGCACAUCCUCGGAAUGCUUCGAGAUAGAGGGGCCGGAGGGAAAGCAUCUCUGUUUUGCAUAUGAGCCUCUAAGAGAGCCUUUAUGGCUUUUCCGGAGGCGUUUUGUAGAUGAGAAGAUUCCUUUCCCAAUUAUCAAGCUUUACAUUCGGUUUCUUCUCGCGGGCAUCGACUACCUCCAUACAAAAUGCAAAAUUGUUCAUACUGAUUUGAAGCUUGAGAACAUCAUGGUCACGUUCGAAGACCCGUCUGUAUUAAAUGACUUUAUGAAUUCCCAGCUUGACCAACCGAUGGAAUACAAAAUCGAUUCCACAGGCCGACCUGUCUUUCGACGUCGCAAUAAUUUUGGUCCAUUAAAGAAAUUCAACAACAUGCCGAUGCUCGUUGAUUUUGGAAUAGCCGCGAAAUUUGAUUCCGAUAACGCAAUGGGUAUCUACCCCAUCCAACCACACCACUACCGCGCCCCGGAGGUCAUUCUAGGCUGUGGUUGGAAAGCGAGUGCGGAUAUCUGGAACAUGGGUACCAUUCUCUGGGAUAUGAUAGAGGGCGAAGAGUUGUUCCAGCAGGUCUAUGAUAACCGAGGCCGAUACGAUGCCAAGGCACAUCUCGCAGAAAUGAUAGCCUUGCUUGGCUACCCUCCGCCAGAGUUAAUCGCAAGAUAUCAAUCGAAGCGAGGGUUGAAAUGGCCUACUCGCAUCAGAUGGCAGGACGGUGAGCUUUCUGACAAUGCGGAUCAAUUCUUUGGUGGUCCUUUCUUUGAUGAUAAUGGCAACUUUCUGUAUCGGGGUUUAAUUCCAGAUCGAAAACUUGCAGAUAGUCUUCCGUCUUUAGAAGAGGAGGAGAGGGAAGACUUCCUGUCGUUUGUGAAGGGAAUGCUUUGUUGGCGCCCCGGGGAAAGAAAGACGGCAGGCGAGCUACUUGAACAUCCGUUUCUCCGAGAGGAAUAAAGAUACUCGCUUCAGGGUACCUUGAGAAAAGUCGUAUUUUCGAGGACGUGAUGUUCAGCUGUUUAAUCUCCUCAUAUUGAAUGAUGAUGAGGUUGUGUAUUAGUAUCACCAUAUCUCCACUAUUUAGCCACGCAUAGCGUUGAUCAUCUCCAAUCAAACAUCAAGC